AUGCUGUCCGGUCUCCCCUUUCGCGCAACCUUGCGCCCCCGCCAACCUCAGCCCGACCCUGGCGCUACGUCAACCGCUCGCCGGAGCCAGAGCACCAGCCCGCAUGCCGCCGCAUCCUCCGACUCCGGCGAGUCCGAUGACCCGGAUAUAAGCUCGCUCAAUGCCCAGCUCGACGUCCUCACCACCGUCUUCCCCGACGUCCAGCCCGAGGUCUUCCGUGAGAUGCUGAACAGCUUCUCCGAGGAGAGCAGGCUCGAGGUCGUCACCGAAGCCAUGCUCAGACAGCCCGACCGUUGGGUGCGCGGCCGCCAUCGCACCUCCCCGCUCGACCAGAAGGACCACGACGCUACCGACAACGCACCCCGCGCGCCCCACACUUCGGAUAAAGAUGCCCGGCUCCCGGUCGAGGAGAGGUUCCGGAAUGAGACAUACAAACUGGCGGUCAAGCAGGCUUUAUAUCAGGAAUUCAAGGGCCUGAGUCACUCUACCAUUCGCGCCGUUCUGGCUGAGUGCAACUAUUCUUAUACCCACGCUCGUCCGACCCUGCUAGGGCUUGUGUCCAAAUCAUGGAGGUUCUCCGUCACGAGCUUCUUCACUCGUCGAAAGCCGCCCUCGGCCCAGGAUCAUCCGCUUGUUACCUGGCAGAAGCCGGAUCCUAGCAUUGGUGGAGCUCUGGUGCCACGGUUGGUGCCGACCAAAAGCGCGGAGCUGAACAGGGAGCUGUAUGAUUCAUUAAUCGCCCCGCUGCUACGCAAGCAGAACGAGGAGAUGAUGGUUGAAGAUCGAGCUCUUGCCGAGCAGCUCAACGAGGAGGAAGCCGAGGCUGCCGGCGAGAUGUAUGACUGCGAGUGUUGCUUUACUCCCAGCGCUUUCGAGCACCUGUCGUCGUGCGACCAAAGCGGCCACUGGAUAUGCUUCCGCUGCAUUCGUUUCUCUAUGAACGAAGCGCUGUAUGGCCAAGGCUGGGCUUGCAGCGUGAACACCGAACGGCUGACGCUGAACUGCAUCGCUCCCGUUUCCGACGGUCAGUGCCAAGGAUGUCUUCCGCAGCACUCCGUCCAGCGCGCACUUGCCGAGGAACGUGACGGCGAGGCUACUUUCCGUAAGUUUGAGGAGCGGGCCAUUACUGACUCUUUGCGCAAAAGCGACCUUCCUGUCAUUCAAUGUCCUUUCUGCGCCUACGCUGAGGUCGACGACGUCACGUUACCACUUCUCUCCUGGAAACCAGGCUUCCGCCGCACCCUGAGCAUCUGGGCUCUUCCUGCUGCGCAUUUCUUGUAUCUCAAGCCUAUCUACUUCCUCAUCCGCUUCCUCUCACUAUUCUCCUUCUUCUUCGUCACCCUCAACUAUCUCCUGCCCAGACGCUUCCGCAUCGACUUGGUCUCCCCGCUCCUCGCCUCGCGACAGCGCGUCGCCCGGCUGCGGCGUGGACUGCGCUUCACGUGCGCGCACCCGGCGUGCGGACGGACGUCGUGCCUGGCGUGCCACAAGGCGUGGCGCGACCCGCACGUGUGCCACGAGUCGGCGCUGGCGUCGCUGCGCACGCACGUGGAGAACGCCGUGUCGAACGCGGUCAAGCGGACGUGCCCGCGCUGCAACACGUCGUUCCUGAAGAGCGGCGGCUGCAACAAGCUGGUGUGCGUGUGCGGCUACGCCAUGUGCUACGUCUGCCGCCAGCGCAUCGCGCCCGACGAGGGCUACCAGCACUUCUGCAACCACUUCCGCGGCAACAACCCGGGCGUCGACAACUCGUGCGACGAGUGCGACAAGUGCCACCUAUACGCCGAAGAGGACGUCGAGGCCGUCGUGCGGGACGCGGCCAAGGAGGCUGAGAGGGAGUGGAAGGAGAGGAACGGCGCCGAGGGCGGCGACUCUGCCGCCCUCGCGGGCCUGAGCGUGCAGCAAGCCGCGCUGUUGGGAUAUCAUACCAGCGGCAGUGGCGGGCUGGGGAACAAGCAGAUGCAGCCGCGGCAGCAGGAGUUCGUCGGUGUGGGUAAGGGGAACGAGUGGGAGAUGUGGUUGGAUUGGCUGAUGGAUGCUGUGUUGGCGUAA